AUGAAAUCCAUCGCAGCCGUUGUGUGUACUCUUCUUCUAGUCUCUACAUUAAUAUCAGCUGCUCCAUCUUACAUGGACUACGAGAACGCCAAAGAUCUGUACGAACUUCUGUUGCAAAGGGAUCUAAUAGACUCCAUGGGGAACUCUUUGAUCGAUCCCAAUCAACAUCGCAUGGUCCGCAAAAACCAGAGAUCUCCAUCGUUGAGGUUAAGGUUCGGACGCCGAAGCGAUCCGGCGCUCUACCAGAACGCCUUGAAUGCAGAAUACCACAACGACUCCGAUGUGAAUUAA